GGUCAGCGAACUGUUGGCGCAUGCUCUGUGGCGGAACAUUUCUUUCCUACUCUUUCCUAGUGUACUCUGCUCGUUCGAGUAAUGAGGGCUCGCCUCCCGGACCUUGUAGACCCCCGGUUCGAACGCUCGUAACUGCCCUUAUAUGCCCCACUCCAGGCCUCCCCCCAGACCCUGAAGGAGCCUGACUGAAAGCCCCGCUUAUUUUCUGACGUAAUUCAGUUCCGCAAACUUUUUUCCAAGCGCCUCUUCCGAGCCAGAUAGCAAGCAAUCCGAUACAGCAAGCAAAUCCAAGAUAGCCAAGCAAGUGUAAUUCUUCUAAAUAUAUUUUCAUAUUCAUUCUGCUGCACAAGAAAAAUCAGAUCAAACAGGAAAAAAAAAUGAGAAAAAAACACAAGCAAACAACAACAACAAAAAAAGAACUCAAGAUGGAUUUUUUAGUUCUUUUCCUGAUUUACUUGGCCUGUGUUCUGACUAGUGUUUUAUUGCUCUGCAUAUAUUCCAAAAGGACCCAUAACUUUGCAGGAGGAAUCCUGACAGAUGGAUCACAGGUGUUUUCACAUUUUGUGCCAACGUGGCUGCAAAGAGCUACACAAAAAACAUUUCAUCACCUCUUCCAUACACGAAACUAUAUAUUCAUCAUCUUGCACUUGGCCUUAGAAGGGGCUGUUUACAGUGAAUACACAUGGGAGAUAUUUCACUACUGUCUAGAACUGGAGUUUUCACUGUAUCAUCUUCUUCUGCCCUAUGUGUUAUUGAUUAUAAACCUGUUUUUUUUCAUUUUGAGUUGUACGACCAAUCCUGGGAUAAUAACAAAAUCAAAUGAAGCAUCAUUUCUUCAAGUUUAUGAAUAUGAUGAAGUGAUCUUCUUGAAAAACAUGAAUUGUCCUACCUGCAACUUGAGGAAACCUGCCAGGUCAAAGCACUGUAGUGUAUGCAACAGAUGUGUGCAUCGUUUUGAUCAUCACUGUAUUUGGGUAAACAAUUGCAUUGGUGCCUUAAAUGCAAGAUACUUUUUAAUCUACCUCUUGACAUUGACUGCAAUGGCUGCAGACAUUGCCAUCAUAACUGCAGCAUUUCUAAUCCGUUUGGUGCUCCUUUCGGGUAUGACAAUGGGAACAUAUUUUGAUGACCAUGGACAUGAACAACCCGUUGAUGUUGCCUUUCUUAUACAGUAUCUGUUUUUGACCUUUCCAAGAAUUGUCUUCAUGCUUGGAUUUGUUAUUGUACUUUGUCUCUUACUUGGUGGUUACGUGUGCUUCACUCUAUACCUGGCAGUUACCAACCAGACCUCCAAUGAGUGGUACAAAUCCAGUAGAGCCAAGUGUCAUCGAUGCCAUAAUUCAGACCCUGUUAAAGAAAAACCCAGUGCCUAUAGGAACAUUUAUGCCAAGAGUGCUUGGACCAAUUUACAAGAAAUUUUUAAUCCAGUUACAUACUAUGAAAAAAAGAAAUAACAGUGAAGAAAGUGUUACUGAAUUUUAAAAUACAAAUUUAUUCAUAAAAUUAAAAGUACAAGUUCUUUUUCCUCUUCUAACACACACUUUCCUAUUGUCUUCAGUAUGUUUAUUAAAAAGUUCCCAAGGGCUACAAAAGCAUUCUAUCUGCUAAAUAUCACUUGUUUUCUGUAAAUGGAAAUUAUAAUAUACUACCUACCUCACAGGGUUGUUGUGAGGAAUGCACUUUAUAAACUUUAAAGUACUAUAGAAA